GUAGUCCACCCUUUCUAUGCAUAUUGGCAGAGUUUCUGCACUCAGAAAAACUUUGCUUGGAAAGAAGAAUAUGACACACGACAAGCCUCAAACCGCUGGCAGAAACGAGCUAUGGAAAAAGAGAACAAGAAAACAAGGGAUAAAGCAAGGAAAGAGAGGAAUGAACUAGUCCGUCAGCUAGUAGCCUUUAUUCGUAAAAGGGAUAAAAGAGUGCAAGCUCAUAGAAAACUUGUAGAAGAACAAAAUGCAGAAAAAACUAGGAAAGCAGAGGAAUUCCGGAGGCAGCAGAAGCUCAAACAAGCCAAGCUUGCUGACCAGUAUAAAGAGCAGAGCUGGAUAACUAUGUCAGAUCUGGAGAGAGAGUUGCAAGAGAUGGAGGCACAAUAUGAAAAGGAAUUUGGAGAUGGAUCAUAUGGUGAAGAUGAAUUUGAAGAACAGGAGGCAACAGGCAUUGAUGGCAAAGUGAAUGAUGAGACUGAAGAAGCUGAAUUUGUUGAUGGUCUCUACUGCCCUGCUUGUGACAAAUUGUUAAAAACUGAGAAGGCCAUGAAGAAUCACGAGAAAUCAAAGAAGCAUCGAGAGAUGGUAGCACUAUUACGACAGCAACUGGAAGAAGAAGAAGAGAAAUUUCCUGUAUCUUUGGACAGUGCAAAUGGAAUACAUACCAAAGAGGAGGAAGAAACAGAAAAUGUGCCCAAACAGAAACUCUCAAAGAAGCAGAAGAAGAAACAGAAAACACUGAUGACUUAUGAGGACUCUUUUGACAAAAGUGCUGAUGAAGAAACAGUUGAAGAAAAGGAGGUGCCCUGCAUGGACAAAGGCAGUGGCUCAGCAGAGGAGUUGGUAAAUGAUAGCCAAAGAAGUGUUGUGUCAGAGGACCCAAGCGCUACAGAAGACGUUGGGCAAAUGCAUGAAGCAAAAACUGAAGUGAAAAGCAGUACUAAGCCUAAAGGGAAAAAAGCCAAGGAUGCAAAAAAGUCUGCUAAGGCAUCUUCAGAGUACCCAACAGCGAAUGACGUUCCCAUCCACUGUGUAACCUGCAACUGUGCAUUUCCAUCCCGAAAUAAACUGUUUGAACACCUAAAAGCCACAGGACAUGCAAAAGCAACACAAGCACCAGCUGUAAAUGAGGCUGUAAACACCAAAACCAAAAAAGAGAAACGUAAAAACAGAUAG